AUGGUGAACACCGGCUUGCAACUGAUCAGCUUCACCUGCGCUGUGACCGGCUGGAUCAUGGCGAUCGCGGUUACGGCCCUGCCCCAGUGGAAGGUAUCGGCCUUUAUCGGCAGCAACAUCCUGACGUCAGAAAUCAAGUGGGAGGGCAUCUGGAUGAGCUGCAUCUACCAGACCACUGGUCACAUGCAAUGCAAGACAUACGACUCCAUGCUGGCCUUGCCUCCUGACAUCCAGGCCGCACGCGCCCUCAUGUGUUUGGCCAUUUUCAUGGGCUGGCUUUCCUGCACCGUGUCCUGCUGCGGCAUGAAGUGCACCACCUGCGCCGGGGACGAUCGACAAGCCAAGGCGGGCAUCGCACUCUCUGGUGGGAUUCUCUUCAUCCUGACGGGCCUAUGUGUUCUCAUUCCCGUUUCCUGGACUGCUAACACAGUCAUUCAGGAUUUCUACAACCCCAACGUGCCCAUGAUGCACAAAAGAGAGCUGGGUCAGGCUAUUUAUCUGGGAUGGGCAUCUGCAGUUAUUCUGAUGAUCAGCGGAGCAGUGUUAAGCAGUACGUGCCCCCUCGUGGAGAGGGGUGGCAGGUACCGCAGGGGCUACAUGGGCCGCAGCUUUGCUAAUUCACCUGCUUCUGCACCAAAUCUACACAAAACCAUCACAUCUACCAGUCUCCCACUUAAGGAGUAUGUGUAG